AUGAGGGUCCCGCGGAGCCCGGCGCGGCUCGCCCUGCUCUGGCUGGUGGCCGCGCUGGCCGCCGGCUCGCUGCCGCGGGAGCCCGAGCGGGGAUCCAGCCCGGCCCCGCCCACCUGGGCCCCGGCGCUGCCGCGCCCGGGGCGCCCCCCCCCCCCCGCCGCCGCCGCCGCGGGGGAGCCGGACGGGGCGAGCCCAGCGCCGCCGGGAGCGGAGCCCAGCCCCGGCACCGCAGCCUCGCCAGCCGCGGCGGGGUCUCCCCUGCCCAGCCAAUGGGCCCCGCGCCCCGACGGCACCAGCACCGGCCUCCCCGCUGCAGUCCCGUCCCCACCUGCCGCGGAGGAGGAGCAGGAGGACGUGGCCGGCGGCGGCGGCAGCAGCAGCAGCAAAGACUAUCUGUGUAACUGCAGUGCUCUUGGGAGUGCAAGUGUGAAUGAGUGCAAUACUUCAACAGGACAGUGCAAGUGUCACAAAGGCUACACUGGUCUGCGGUGUGAAAAUUGCGAGGAGGAAUAUAUCCUGAACCAAACCAGUGGUCUCUGCCUUCCGUGUGGCUGCAGUUCCAAAGGCUCUGUCAACUCCCUUUGUGACAACUUUGGAAAAUGCCAGUGUAAAGUUGGGGUAACCGGCUUCAAGUGUGACCAGUGCCGCGAUGGAUACUACUGGGUCAACCAAACCAGCUGUGAACCAUGCCAGUGCAAUAACUAUUCCAACAGCUGCAAUGUCUUAACAGGCACCUGUUUGAACUGCCAAGGAAAUACAGAAGGAAGCCACUGUGAAAAAUGUAAGGUGGGCUUCUUUAGAAGCAUCCUCCCAAGCCACGAAUGUAACCGCUGCCCAUGUUCAACAGUGGCAUCUACCGGCAGUUGCCAAAUAAAACCUGGUCAACACGCUCCAACGUGUGACCGAUGCAAAGCCGGAUACACUGGCCCGAACUGCGACCAGUGUGACAAUGGCUAUUACAAUUCCGACAGCAUCUGCAUUAGAUGUAAAUGUAACGGGAAUGUAGACCCAGAGCAGUCACCCAAGGUGUGCAAGCCAGACACAGGGGAAUGCAUUGGCUGCCUCCACAACACGGCCGGGUUCCAUUGCGAGGAGUGUCAGGAAGGUUAUGUCAGAGACCCGGAGGGAGCCAACUGCACCAAGAAAGAAGUCAUUCCUGGUCCUGAACCUAGAGGGUUUAUAACUGCUGCUCCCAACAUCAGCAGGCCAACAUCAUUUUCAACUACGGUGAUAAACAGUACGUUAGCGCCAACAACUGUGCAGACUAUAUUUCCUAUCAACUCCUCUGACAAUAGUACCUCUGCAUUGGCAGACGUCUCCUGGACUCAAUUUAACAUCAUUAUUUUGACAGUUAUUAUCAUUGUUGUGGUCCUAUUGAUGGGAUUUGUGGGUGCUGUCUACAUGUACCGUGAAUAUCAAAACAGAAAACUUAAUGCUCCUUUUUGGACCAUUGAGCUCAAGGAGGACAACAUUAGUUUUAGCAGCUACCAUGACAGCAUACCCAACGCUGAUGUUUCAGGCUUACUGGAGGAAGACGGAAAUGAAGUGGCACCAAAUGGACAGCUGACGCUGACAACUCCCAUGCAUAACUAUAAAGCUUAAAACAAGAGUCACUCCAGCUAUUCCAAAGUUGGUUUUAAAAAAUUACCAUCCUUGUUGAAGGGGUAUCAAAAUCUGUACCAAGGCUCCAAGCAAAGGAAUUUGCUACCCACAUAUUCUUUUACAUCGGGCACGGCGUAGCUUGCCGUUGAGCAGGAAAGGAGUGUAGUGCAUAUGAAUUUCAGGUAAAAUUAUGAAAUGCAUUCAGUGUAUUGUUUUCCAUGACGAUCCAUAGAAUUCAUUGCUAAGGACUUUCCAUAAAAUUAUGCUGACCUUAAAGUAUAUUUUUAUAUGAAAAGAUGGUGGGGGGGGGUAGUAACCAGUGCCCCCUGAUUAAUCAAAAGCUACUUUGACUUCCAGCCAAGCUAAGGCCUACACCAGUAGCCUAUAUUUUGAAAAGCAGCCUGUUUAAUUAACAGCCGACUUUUGAAAAUAGACGUUUGUAAAGACUUCGUUUUAUUUCCUGGUACGAAUUUGUGUUUUUAUAUAUAAAAAAGGGAAAUCAUGUUCAUUUCACUGUACUGCUAAGAGACUUCUAAAUGAGUAAAUGUUACACUAAAGUCACCAUGUUCAGUUCUCCAACAAUUUGGGGAGCAGAAACAGUCAAUCAGGAAAAUGUCUGGGGGUGGGGGGAGAAAGAUCACUGUUUUCCCUUUCUGAGUUCUCAUACAAAGUGAUGAUACUAUUAAAACACAGAAAUCCAUUUUCAGUAGAAGGAGUUAAUGAACUUGUAUACAUACUGUACAAGGGAAGACGACAAGACAUCUCAGGGUCACGUGUACAAAUAAAAGCUAGGCUUAAUAUCCUACCCUGAUAGAAAUGGUGUGUUCUGUACAUAGAAUGUAAUAUAUCUUCUCUCCAUUGUAUUUAUAACUAUUUGUAAAAAAAAAAAAUCAUGAGUCAUAUUUUAUCAUCUAGAUUUUAUCUGUACAGCGGUUAGUGGCAUUGUAAAAAAAAAAAAUAUGGGGAUUGUUUAAAAUUGUGUAAAUCAGAUGGCAAUAUUGCUGGAGCUGGGCCUCUGGCAAACACCCAUCAUUUAAAGUUCUUCUGAUAUCACUGAAAUUUUUUUAAAGUUGUCUGUUUCCUACUCGUUAUCUGUAACGGUUCAAACUCCCCGACUCCUUUAAAGGUAUGGCCCAUAGUAUCAUGAAUAGAGACUAGUCAAUUUCCAGAGAUCAGGUGUAACAUUUGGUAAUUUGCUGUGAAAUGCCAGCACAAAAUGGAAACAUGCUGUUACAAAUACAUAAUUAUUUAUGGCCUGAUCCUGAAAACCAUGAUGAACAUGCGCUGUUGUUAUUCACAUGCAUAAUUCCUUUGAAGUCCACAAGACUGCUCGUGUGAAUAAAGACUGCUUGGUGUGAUCAAGGAUUGAGGUGCUGAGCUUUGCCUUUCCCCACUUGAAGAUAAUAGCAACACUCCCAUUGACUUCAAUGGAACCAGGACGUCACCUAAGAGUUUACAGAUCAGGUUCUUCAUUGCAAAAUUCUAGUUUAAAAAAAACAGAUUAUAUGGACGCUGUCAAGCAAUUUAU